AUGCUCAUGCUCAUGCUCGUGCUCGUGCUCAUUGUCCCAGAGCUUGGUUCCAAGGUCUCGUAUCAGCUGCCAAACCGGUUAUUACGCUGCAACAACACCCCUCCGUCCGUGGGCAGCAGCGAGGAACAUGCGACGGGCUUCAAUAUGCCAAGGAGGACCCACGGUCCUCGCAGGUCAUGCAUUGCGCUUCAGCCCCGGUCCCUUUCCAUGCCCGCUCGUCGAGCUGUCCUGUUCAAACCUUGGCUCCCCCAUUCCAAGUCCUUGUGUUGA